AUGACGAACGACACUGAAGCAAGGGAAAGGCAAACUCCGAUUGUCCAAAGUGAGGACACGGUAGCUGAGCCAAUAGAUACACCAGUUCUUACACUGACAACGAAAGGGCCUCGCAACGCCACAAGGAAGAGAAAGUUUACCAUGGCCGAACUAAAUUCAAAGAUGAACGAAGGAACAUUGUCGGAGAAUCCUAUGAUCGAAAUGAUAAAUCCGACUGCCGUUAAAUUGGCCUAUGAACGAAUGCCGAAUACUGGGGAUGAGGGCAGGAAGACCUACGACCUGGGAGGAAAGAGCUCGUCAAAGUGA